AUGGAAUUACUUCCUGUGAGAGCAAGAGCUAAUGAAUGUACACCGCAUGCAAGUGAGCUAUUCUUUAUACACGGCAAAAAAUACACUCCCGAGUACUUUAUCACCUCUGUCUUUCCAUUUCUUCCUGGGUUGGAAAAAGACAGUAGCUCUAAUCCAAAGUCAAAUGUUUCGGCGAUUCGUGUCUAUGAAGACCUGCUCGCACAGAUUAAGAAGUACUCGACAGAAAUAGAGAGAUUCUCAAAAUUACCAAAUGCACCAGGACUAAGUAUAUCUUUAGACUUUAAGAUACUCAAUUAUUUACACAUCCAAGACAAAGUCUGCUUUAAAUUACCAAUAAAAAACGAGCCAGAAAUAUAUGCAGCUGAUCUAUUCCAAUCACAUUCCCUCCCAGAUGGUGAAAUACUCACCAUCUUCAUAUUCUAUAUCAGAGAAAGCAUACUGGCUCGGAUAAAAGAAAUACUGCAAUCUCCAGAGGACCAACAAAAGAAAGACCCGGCAGAGCUCCAGCAGUGCCAAGCACAUAUAUAUCAGAAUCGCAUAGAAAGUCUUAACCAAAGCCUUCUGCGCUACGAAUCUUUUGGAAAAGUGUCUGUUAUGAAAGAAGGAGAGAAAAAAGAAAGAAAGAAAAUACAGAAAACAAACUAAAGCUUCGAGGUAUGCCCGGCGGUAUUCUAAGAGAAUAAUGUAGAUAUGUAGUUUAUUGCAAUAAAUAGUGCACUUAUCAC